AACCCAAAAUUUAGCAGUUAUUUGUUCCUUGUUUGUUCUCCACCGAGACUGUGAUUAAUGGAGGAGAAAAAGAGACACACAUGCUUGAAGCUACAGAUUAAUGGAGAAGAAGCAAUAUUCGUUAAGGGAACUUGGUUUGAUACCCAUUUCAAUCUCUCCAUCACCGACGGUUUCACCGCUUGGAACUGUAAAGCAUCUGAAGAGGAGUUGAAGCAGCGUGCUGCUCAGUGGGACCAACCUGUUUUGGAGUAUGUGUUGUUGUCUGAGCGGUAUUUGGGGUUUCAGCAACCUGGUUCUGUUUAUGCAUUUGCUGAUGCUGGUGAUGGUCAUAAAAGGUUGUCAUGGACAUUUGAGAAAGGAGGAAUGACGCUGCAUUGGAGAUGGAAAUGCAUGCAGUCUCCUGAUAGUAAGAAAACUACUGCAGAAAUAUUGGACUUUCUCAUGGAUGCAAACAUAAGGCUCAGUGAAGAAGUUGUCAUAAAAACGGAAUUGUUUGAGAAGACGAAAGUAGAAGCUGAGAAGUGUUUGACCCAAAGUGAGAUACUAGCCAAUGCGAGGGUGGAAUUUGAACAUGAAAUCUAUACAAAGUUUUUGGGAGUCUUAAAUUCAAAGAAAGCAAAAAUACGAGAGCUUCGAGAUCAGUUGUCAAAACAAGAUAAUGCCAACAAAUCUCCUGAAGAGGAAGAUACAGAAAAAACUGAGAGUUUUGAUGAGGAAAGUGAUUAUGACAAAAGCGAUGAAGAUCCUGAAAAGUGUAUUACUAGUUCUUCGAAGGAUGUUGGAGCGAAUAAGCCAUCUCGUUCAAGGAGAACUAGACUCACAUGACAAAUUAUUUGAACUAGGAAAGAGUUUAUUUUUCACCAUGGAUGUUACAUUUGUACAAAAUUCACUUAAAAAUGACCGCCACUGCUAGGGAUGAUGCUUUUCUAUAAAUAAUAAAAACAAAAUUUUGGUA